AUGGCAUACACGAAUCCAUCUCAACAUCGCAAGUUCAGCAGCUUUGGACAUACCCACAAUCUUGUCACCUCUAUCAUGUUUUCAGUACUGCUCAACACCGAGCAAGUGAUACUCGCUACCAUGGGUAGUGAUAUCCACAAGCUCAUUGGCCCCAAAAUUGUCAGUUUCUUCCCUGAACGAGCAUCUAGAAGCGAAGAUGACUAUCGCAGCAUCGAGGCAAUGAUAUACAUGGGCGGAUCUCAUAUGCCCAGACCUGGACUAUAUCAAGUGUUCGAGCAACUUCACCGCACUCGUUUCCAAGACAGGAACCAUCGGUUGAGGCAAAUGUCUGUUACAAAGGACACCUUCUUGACACACAAUAUGGUCAUCCCAAAGCCUGUGCCCUCGCAGUUUGGAUAUCCUCAUGGAUACGACCUCAUCAGUCUUGACCUGCAUCUAGUUGCGUCAACUUUUGAUUAUGAAGAAGCAAUUCCACACAUUCAGUUGACAGACUAUGCUUGGCGACCCUUGAGCCUCAAGACGUUCCCUCACCUUGAAGAGUUUACUAUGAUGUGCCUGCGACCUACCAGCUGCAGAGACCAAAGUCAUUUGCCCUUCCUCAAUUCCUCAACAAACAGACGAGGUGAGUACUAUGGUUUCCGCUACCACCAAGAUACCCGACGCGUGGAGUACACUCGGCUAAUUUGGUCUGACGUCGCAGAGCUUGCAUCUGCUGGCGAGGAUCUUACAAAUGGGCUAUUUCCUUAUACAAUUGUCCGUUUGUGGAUCGUCGGACAACGUCGCGGUCGGUAUAGGAUGCCAAGAGAGCUUGAAUGGACGCACCUAGACCUGUAUCCAAAGUCUAGUGAGCGCUAUCUCGGCAGAAUCAGAGACUUGUGGGUGCUGACUCGAAUAAGACUCGAGAACCCGAUCCGAGAUGAGACAUGUCAGAUGGUAGUCUGA